AUGUACGAACCGGGUAAAUGGUUAACGGAUAAGAACAGCGAAGACCAGCGAACCGCCAAACGACAAACUAUCAGUAGCAGAAACACAAGCAAAAUAACAUGAACCGGGUUUGGGUUACCCCGCGCAACCGUUAGAAAACUCCAAAUAUUUUCCGAUUGUCAAUAAACCGCGCGUUGUCAACCAACAAGGAUUUUAUAAAUCGCCUGACCGCUAUCAAAUAAUAUUGGAUUAUAAAAAAAUGGCUUGUUCCACAAACGUAUUAAAGGGGUUCUCCCUGUUCUGGGACAUCAUCUAUGCUCUGUUCGGUCUGGUUGUGAUUGGCCUUGGAGUCCACGUUAUUUACAAAUUCGAGCACUUCAACACGGCAGCCUUCGUCAUCAUUGGCCUGGGCGUGAUCGUGGUUCUGACCGCCCUCUUCGGAGCUCUGGGAGCGGCACGUGAGAGCAGCAAUGUAUCCAAGGUGUUUGUUUUCAUUUUGGUGGUCCUAAUUGUGCUGCAAGUUCUUGCUGUGGGUUUCCUUUGGGCCUUCCAAACAUCUCUGCUCAUAAACGUGGACAAAACCUUCGACACACUGUGGAAUGACCAGCCACUGCCCAUUAAGCCAGGAAACCAGAGCCAGAUCGCCAGUUUGGAGCGUUGGUUGGACUGCUGUGGCAAUGUGGGUCCCAGUGACUAUAUUCUUGCUCCAAAUAGUUGCUAUAAUGAAGAAUCGGGCAGGUUGAAUAUGGAUGGAUGUAGGCAAAGGUUUAUAGACUAUAUUGCUGAAAAAUGGGACGAAUUCAAUAUUGUGGCCUUGGUGCUAGUCGGUGUGGAGGUUAUUUGCGCCCUGCUGGCCUACGUUCUGGCCAACAGCAUUGUGAAUCGCUGGCGGCGCUCAAAAUACUACCAGAAGUAGACACUUCGUCUUGAAUUUUUGAAAUUAUUGCAUUUCAAAAGUCCAGCUCCAAGAUGCACAUAUGUACAUACUUAAGGCCAAAGAAUUCUCCAUUCAUACGAAAAACAAAAAACUUCAAAUGCAAACUCAAUAGAGAUUCCAAAACAAGUUUACUUAAGCGAUGUGAGGCAGUGAUGCUAUUUUAUUUAUCACUUUGAACAAAUGUAAUGUAAUAUUUAAACGGAACACAACCAUUUACAUUGUAAUUUAAUCUACACUAAGAUUGACCUAAGAAUCAAGUUUUGUUUUUGUAAACAACUAUGUUUCAAAAAGCCAAGCCCAAAUAAAAAAUUGUUCAUAGUC